UGUGCGUGUAUGUGUGUACGGGACGACGAAGGAAAGGAAAACCAGCAAAGACGUCCCAAACAUGGACGAACGGUUGCUGAACGAUCUGCUGGAAUGUUCCGUUUGCCUGGAACGGUUGGAUUCUUCCUCGAAAGUGCUUCCCUGUCAGCAUACCUUCUGCCGGAAAUGUCUCGAGGAAAUCGUUGCCAGCCACCAAGAGCUACGAUGCCCGGAGUGUCGCGUCCUGGUGGAAGUGCGAAUAGACGAGCUGCCACCGAAUGUCCUGUUGAUGCGGAUAUUAGAAGGCAUGAAAACGGCGGAACUGAACAGCCAAAACACAAAUCAGACGACCAACGGCAAACCCACGGGCAAUCGCAAUCAAUCACAUGGCGCCGCACCAGCGUCGAACGCGAAUGCGGUCAACUAUCAGCACCAGCACCACCACCACCACCAACAACAACAACAACAACAACAUCCAUCAUCCGGUGGUGUUCACGGUGCUAAAAUAGGCAAAUCGUCCACCCAGGGUACGGCCGACAACCAACCCGCGCUGCACCCAUCCCAUCCACAGCAACAUCAUCACCAUCAGCAUCAACCGUUGUCACGCAUUAUUGGAGCGGGCGGUGGUGUAACCGGUACGGCCGCAAAUAAUGCAUCGCUCGAUCUGUCGAAAAUCCCACACGCUAAAGCGUUCUACGAUUUUUCCUCCAGUGAAACCAGUGACAUCAGCUUCCGCAAAGGGGACAUAAUAAUACUGAAGAAGAAAAUCGAUCACAAUUGGUGCGUUGGGGAGGUGAAUGGGAAGGAGGGUGCGGUGCCGCUGAAUCACAUAAAGGUGAUCGUACCGUUGCCAUUUCCGCAAUGCAAAGCACUGUACGAUUUUCGGAUGGGACCAUCAGAAGAGGAAGGUUGUUUGACGUUUAAAAAGGGCGCUCUGAUACAUGUACUACGGCGCGUCGAUCAGAACUGGGCUGAAGGGAGGAUUGCGGACAAGAUUGGGAUUUUUCCGAUAUCGUUUGUGGAGAUGAAUGGAUUGGCGAAGCAUAUGAUGGAUUCAUCGCUGAAACAUAUACUCAGUAACUCCAAUCGAACAGUACCUCCGACACCGUUCGAUUUAAACGCAAGCGCCACCAGUAGCAGCGAUACUAGCUCGAGCGUUACCACCAGUCCCAACUCUUCGACUAGCACGACCAGCUCUAACUCUAGUACCGCGCCCAGUAGUCCUACGGCUCACUUCCUGCAACCACAACCAGUUGCGUCCGGUGGUGGCAAACAGCAUCAAUCAAAACGUUCCGAUCCGGCAAAUCGCGAGAAACGACACUCGCUUACGACGGCUGGGACGCUGGGCACAAACAGCGGUGGUGCGCUACAAACGAAUCAAUCCGCCCCGCAUCGACACUCGACGGAAAUGCUAAACAGCGAUGGUGCUGGCGAUGGUAAAACGGUACGGCAAUCGGUGGACAGUGCGGCAACGACUUCAUCCUCAUCGGCUGCCACUCCCUACCAGAAGUGCAACGUGACGAAAGCUAGUCAAAUGUAUCAGCAACAUCCACAGCUGCCGACGACGUACAUUGCGCUCUAUCCUUACAAGCCACAGAAACCGGACGAGCUGGAACUGAAGAAAGGAUCAAUUUAUUACGUCACGGAACGGUGUCAGGAUGGUUGGUUCAAAGGUACAAAUUGGCAGAAAAAGUCUGGCGUUUUUCCGGGCAAUUAUGUCGCCAUUCACAAAGGCAGAGAUGGUGCUUCGGCUGGAUCUCGCAACACAAGCGCACAUUCCUCUGGCAAGCUGAAUAACGUCUCCAGUCCACAAGCCACCGGUUCUUCAGCGUCGAACGGUGGCUGCUCUUCCAACGGUGCCAUGAAUAGUCCAUCGAAUGGUGGAUCAUCCUCUCCCCAGCAGCAACCACUCCAGCUUCCUGAGCUACCGCCACGCAAUACAACAGCAGCGGUAUCGCAACAGCAAGGCAUGAAGUACAUCGACUCCAUCUUUGCCCGUCAAGGAUCAAUGGACGGUGGUCCUGGAUCACCAAACAGCGAGCAGCAAUCUGUGGGUCAGGAUGCUGGCGCUGCGACGACACCACCCGCCACCGGAAAGGUGAAAAAAGAUUCGUCGGCCGUCAGUUUAAUGAAGCGGCUAACCAAUAUGAAGCGAUCGAAAUCUCCCACCGGUGGCAAUGGAGGCUGUUCUGGUGGGACAGCAAAUCCGGCGUAUACGAGCGACAGUUCACUGUUCGAAGAGAUGGCUGGGGCGGCCGAUGCGGCGAUACUUGCUGCCGGCGGUACACCGGCUCAGAUGGCGAAGGCGCAUUUUAAGCAGAUCGCUAAUCCGGUUCACGUUCGAUCGGGUUCGUGUCCAAGUCAGCUGCUACAGAAUUUACCGAUGGAUUUGAUGAUAAACGGUGCUGGUGCAACACAUUCCAUUCAACAGCAGCAGAACCAGCAACACCACCAUCAACCGAAUCAUCCUGCGCUGGCAGGUGUACGCGGAGAAAACGUCCCGAUGAUGUAUGGCUCGCAGCGCAUUAAACCACACAAAGAGCGACCUUCAAUGCACGGAUUUAAAUAUGGCGACCACACGGUAGUAACGGCUAUGCCAAAACAUAUUGCCCACGAAGCACCCGCCUCAACAUCCUCGUCGCACCUGAUCGCUAAACAGCAGCAACAGUCCCAGAUCUACCAUCGAAAGUCGCAAAGCCUGGACGCUUCCGCAAUCAUCUCACAGCUUGGCCCAUCCCAGCAUACAUCCGCUACGGCAACCGUCGUUGCGACCGUGGCAGCCAAUGGAACACCGUCGAAAUCAUCCUCCAAAUCCUCCCAUUCGCAAACCGUUCGGGAAAGAUUCAAAUGCAUUGUCCCUUACCCACCCAACAGCGAGUAUGAGCUCGAGCUGCGCGUCGGUGAUAUUGUAAUGGUGCACAAAAAGCGUGAUAAUGGCUGGUACAAGGGUACGCACGCACGCUCCGGCAAAACGGGCCUCUUUCCAGCGUCGUUCGUUGAACCGGACAUGUGAUGUGGUGGU